CGCUGGAAACACUUUUAGCUUUGUCCUUUUCUUUUUCUAUGCAAUACUCUGACGAGAAGUUGCCAUGUUACGGAUCGUGGGCACCAGUGCACCUUUAAAGGCUGCUAGUGCCAAAUUGCGACAUGACACCUGCACAAGACACUUGCACAGUACGUGCGAUGUUGCCGUGGUGGGCGCCGGCAUCGUGGGCCUGGCCACCGCCCGGGAGCUCAUCCUGCGACACCCCACCCUCACCUUCACCCUGUUGGAGAAAGAGAAAGAACUCUCGAUGCACCAGAGCGGCCACAACAGCGGCGUGAUCCACAGUGGCAUUUACUACACGCCCGGCUCGCUCAAAGCUCGCCUGUGCGUGCGAGGGGCGGCGCUGGCCUACGAAUACUGCGACAAGAAACAACUUCCAUACAAGAAGUGUGGCAAGCUCAUCGUGGCAUUGGAUCAGGAGGAAAUCCCUCGCCUCAAAGCCUUAUACGAGCGGGGGCUGAAGAACAACGUGCCGGGCCUCAGCAUCGUGGACGCCAAAGGAAUUCGAGAGCGAGAGCCAUACUGCAGGGGCGUCAUGGCGUUGGACUCCCCAAACACGGGCAUCGUGGACUGGCGGCAGGUGGCGCUGCAGUACGGAAAAGACUUUGAGGAGGCCGGCGGCAAGGUGGUCACGCGGUUCGAAGUCAGUGACAUCUCCAUGGCCGCCGAGAGCCCCGCAGGGGGCGCUGAAGGACUCAAAUAUCCAAUCGCCAUCAAGGACAAGAAGGGCAACGAGCUACGCUGCCGCUACGUGCUCACCUGCGGGGGGCUCUACUCGGACCGCCUGUCGCAGAUUUCCGGGUGCAGCCGGGAGCCUCGCAUCGUCCCCUUCCGAGGGGAUUAUCUGGUCCUCAAGCCGGACAAGCACUAUCUGGUCAAAGGCAACAUCUAUCCCGUGCCCGACCCUCGCUUCCCCUUCCUGGGGGUCCACUUCACACCGCGCAUGGACGGCAGCAUCUGGCUGGGACCCAACGCCGUGCUGGCCUUCAAGAGGGAAGGCUACAAGAUCUACGACUUCAAUCUGAGAGACCUGGCUGACGCGCUGUCGUUCAGAGGCCUUCAGAAGCUGGUGUUGAAGAACAUCUCGUACGGCAUCGGCGAGAUGUACCGAGGCAUCUUCAUCGGGGCGCAGGUCAAGAUCCUGCAGAAGUACAUCCCCGAAUUGUCCCGCGGUGACGUGCUCAGGGGUCCGGCCGGCGUGCGAGCGCAGGCGCUGGACCGCGACGGCAACCUGGUGGACGACUUUGUGUUCGACGGCGGCGUGGGCGACCUGGGCAGCCGCGUGCUGCACGUCCGCAACGCUCCUUCGCCCGCCGCCACGUCCUCGCUCGCCAUCGCAGAAAUGGUCGCCGAUGAGGUGGAGAGCCGCUUUGCGCUCUAAUCGCGUCAGGCUAACCAGGAUGUCGCCACAAGCAAACGUCCAUACACACCCAUGGACAGUCGAGAUUCAACGCGACAGAUAAUGCACUUUACCCGUUAAAGAAGUGGCUCACGAGUAAUAACUCAACCAAUUGCAGAAGAAGAAGGAUGUUAUCGUCUCUGUGCCAAAGUGAAGUAAAACAUCAAAAACGCACACACUGUACAGAAUGUGAUUUAUUUGGAGUGAAAAGCAGCAUUUUUACGUGAGAGGUGGAUUUUCAGGGCAGUUUUUUGUUUGUUGAAAUACUCAAGCAUUACAUUUUGGAAAUGGCGGGUGAGGGGGGGGUAAAUUUGUAUAUAUAUCUCGAGAGAGAAAGACUGUAUGUUGUCAAUCUACAGUUACUUACUUUUAAUUCUUCUCUACAUAACUUGCUGCCAAGUGUCACGCGACUGCAGCGUGACAACGUGCCACUCAGGAGGUCGACGUAUGUCCUAUUUACGUCCGCUCAAUUAAUCACAUCUAUUUGUAUUCAUUUGUUUUGACAAAUGACGGUUUUUAUACAAUAAAGACAAAGUAUUUUUAAAUGGCAAAAA